AUAAAAUCCUAAUUCCUAAACACCCUUAUUUUUCUCUCUCCUCUUCAUAUAAAAGGGAUCUCUACUUAAAAUCCUUCUCCUCACCGUUCUCUUCAGAUAAUAAAGCAAUUUAGUCCAUAUUACUUGAAACCAGUAAGAAUUUAGAUUAAAGAAAUAUGUUUUAGCUGGUGUUAAUUUUGUGAAAUCCCAGAAAUCAUGUCUUUCGAUGAAGAUUAUGGUCAGCGUGGUUCGUCGUUUACACAAAAUUAUCGCUGCUAUCCUGCAUCAUUUAUUGAAAAGCCACAUCUGGAAAAGGGUGACAAGAUUAUAAUGCCUCCAUCAGCUCUUGAUCGACUUGCAUCUCUGCACAUUGAGUACCCAAUGUUGUUUGAACUGAGCAAUCCAUCUGCUUGCCGCGUCACCCAUUGUGGGGUGCUGGAAUUUGUCGCUGAUGAAGGCCUAAUAUAUCUUCCAUACUGGAUGAUGGAGAAUAUGCUUCUCCAGGAGGGAGACAUUGUGCAAGUUAAGAACGCCAGCCUAUCAAAGGGCUCAUUUGUAAAACUCCAACCUCACACCAAGGAUUUUUUAGAUAUAACCAACCCGAAAGCUGUCUUGGAGACAACUUUGAGGAGCUUCUCUUGUUUAACCACAGGAGACACUAUAAUGGUUGCUUAUAACAACAAAAGAUUUUACAUUGAUGUAGUGGAAACCAAACCCUCAUCGGCUGUAAGUAUUAUUGAGACUGACUGUGAAGUUGAUUUUGCGCCACCCCUUGAUUAUAAAGAACCUGAGAAGCCAUCCCGUCCAACUCCAACAAAGAAGUCAAGGCCAGAAGCUGAAGAAGAGCCUGCGAAGAAAGUUGCCAAAUUUAACCCAUUUACGGGACCAGGGAGACGCUUGGAUGGCAAGUCUUCAACAGCUGCUGAUGCAACAGCAGUAAAUCCAGUUUCAAGUGAAAUUGAAGCACCACCAAGCUCCACUUCAACUGGGUGCAAAGAAAAUGAAACACCUAGCUCAACAAAUGGCACGCGGAGCUGUGGAAAGCUUGUUUUUGGGUCAAGUUCAGACCAAGCUCCAAAUGGGACACCGAAAGGCAAUCAAACAGUAAAAAGCGAGACCCCACCUGUGAAAGCAGAAGAAUCAAAGUUCCAAGCAUUCACUGGGAAGAAAUAUACACUGAAAAGCUGAGCUUAGAAAGAGGAUACAUUUAUACUUGUGUCGGCUUCGACCUCUUUUGAUGCCAUUUAGCUAGAAAAAAAUUGAUCUUAACCAGUAACUUGCAAUGAUAGGCUAAUGAUCUUGUUGGCUGGAUGAUACUUUUCAAAUUGGUUAAUGGUUAGAAGGAUUGGCAUACAAGCAAUCUGUGACUUUAGUUUCCAUUCACUCUAUUAUUUUGUCAGCUUUAGCACCAAAACUAUGACUCAAUUAAAUGAGUCCAUUUUAUUUGUAUGUUUUGUAUCUUGUUCCAAAGCUAGAGGAUUGAAUCUUUUGUAAUGGUAAGAAUGGUAUGAUA